AUGGCUUCUAAACUCGACACCAAAGCCUACCCAGGCAACAUCAUUAACAACGAGCUCAUCCCAGCUCCUGAGACGCGACAUUCCAUCAAUCCAGCCACCGGCCAACCGCUCUACGAAGUGCCAGUAGCCAGGAAAGAAGAUCUCGAUGCUGCCGUAGUUGCAGCGCGCAAAGCGUUCAAAUCAUGGAGCUCCACACUCUUCUCCCAGCGAGCACAUCUACUCCUCCAGUACGCCGACACGAUAGAACAUCACCGCGAUGAGCUGGAGCAGCUCCUCACCGAAGAGCAAGGUAAACCGCUAUCACUGUCCCGAACCGAGAUGGAUAGCAGCUUGACAUGGCUACGCGCCUUCGCGACAAUGGAGAUCAAAGACGAAAUCCUGCAAGAAGAUGACGAAAAGGCCAUCUACUCAACCCACCCACCCAUUGGUGUAUGCGCUGGCAUCGUACCCUGGAACUGGCCUAUCCUGCUAGGUCUAGGCAAACUAGGUCCAGCACUCAUCACAGGAAACACGUUCAUCAUGAAGCCAUCGCCGUACACACCCUACUGCGACCUCAAGCUCGGCGAGCUGGCCAUGACCGUGUUCCCACCAGGCGUCGUACAGGUACUCAGUGGAGACGAUAGACUCGGUCCUUGGAUCACAGAGCACCCUGGUAUCGACAAGAUCGCCUUCACAGGAUCGAUAGCAACAGGCAAGUUGGUCGCAGCAUCCUGUGCGAAGACGCUGAAGCGGUAUGUGCUGGAGUUAGGUGGAAACGACGCUGCGAUUGUGUGUGAAGACGUGGAUAUCGAUAAAUGCCUGCCCAAGAUCGCGACGCUGAGUUUUCUCAACUCGGGCCAGAUAUGCAUGUUGACGAAGCGUAUCUACAUCCACGAAGCCAUUUACGACACGUUCCGGGAUAAGAUGGUUGAGUUUACAAAGAGCAAUAUCAAGACUGGUGCUGGCACGGAAGAAGGCGUGGUGGUAGGACCAUUGCAGAACAAGAUGCAAUUCGACAAAGUCCAAAACAUGUACGCCCAGAUCCCCGCGCAAAACUGGAAAACCGCCCUCUCAGGCACCGUAACCCCAACCCCCCAAAACGGCUACUUCAUCACCCCCGCCAUCAUCGACAACCCACCCGAAGACUCUUCAAUCGUACAAGAAGAGCCAUUCGGUCCCAUCGUCCCGCUCCUCAAAUGGCGCGACGAAGACGACGUCAUCGACCGAGCGAACGCGCUCAGAACGGGGCUGGGCGCGUCGGUAUGGAGUAAAGACAUCAAGCGCGCGGAGGGCAUGGCACGGAGGUUAGAAGCUGGGAGUGUCUGGGUGAAUUCGCAUUUCGAUGUUGAUCCUCGAGUGCCGUUUGGGGGGCACAAGGAGAGUGGGGUGGGGAUGGAGUGGGGGAUGGAGGGAUUGAGACACUAUACGAAUAGUAGGAGUUUGUGGGUUUGGAAGAGGGUUUUUGAGUAG